CAGCUUUGUAGUCCAUCGGCGAUGCCACGAAUUUGUGACCUUCGAGUGUCCAGGUGCCGGGAAGGGCCCCCAGACGGACGACCCCCGGAACAAGCACAAGUUCCGCUUGCACAGCUACAGCAGCCCCACCUUCUGCGACCACUGUGGCUCCCUCCUUUACGGGCUGGUGCACCAGGGGAUGAAAUGCUCGUGCUGCGAGAUGAACGUGCACCGGCGCUGCGUGCGCAGCGUCCCCUCCCUGUGCGGGGUGGACCACACGGAGCGCCGCGGGCGCCUGCAGCUGGAGAUCCGGGCUCCGACUUCGGACGAGAUCCACGUCACGGUUGGCGAGGCCCGUAACCUCAUUCCAAUGGACCCCAACGGUCUGUCAGAUCCCUACGUGAAACUGAAGCUUAUCCCGGACCCUCGGAACCUGACCAAACAGAAGACCCGGACGGUGAAAGCCACACUAAACCCCGUGUGGAACGAGACCUUCGUGUUCAACCUGAAGCCGGAGGACGUGGAGCGCCGGCUCAGCGUGGAGGUGUGGGACUGGGACCGCACCUCCCGCAACGACUUCAUGGGGGCCAUGUCCUUCGGGGUGUCGGAGCUGCUCAAGGCGCCGGUGGACGGCUGGUACAAGUUAUUGAACCAGGAGGAGGGCGAAUAUUACAAUGUGCCGGUGGCUGAUGCUGACAACUGUAGCCUCCUCCAGAAGUUUGAGGCCUGUAACUAUCCUUUGGAACUGUAUGAGGUGAGUAGAGCUGAGACCUCGAACGGAGGUGGCCGAAUUGCAUGUAUUUGUGAGCGGAUGUGGACUGGUUUUAGUGCCCUCAGUUUUCCAGCGGCUGAGAGGGCGGCAACUGAACUCCUGGGAGAUCGCCUGUAUUUCGUGAUGGAGUACGUCACUGGGGGCGACUUGAUGUACCACAUCCAGCAAUUGGGCAAGUUUAAGGAGCCCCACGCAGCGUUCUACGCAGCAGAAAUAGCCAUCGGCCUCUUCUUCCUUCACAAUCAAGGUGUUAUCUACCGGGACCUGAAACUGGACAACGUGAUGCUGGACGCGGAAGGACACAUCAAGAUCACUGACUUCGGCAUGUGCAAGGAGAACAUUUUCCCGGGUACUGCCACCCGCACCUUCUGCGGGACCCCGGACUACAUAGCCCCCGAGAUCAUUGCGUACCAGCCCUAUGGGAAGUCCGUGGAUUGGUGGUCCUUUGGGGUCCUGCUCUAUGAGAUGUUGGCGGGGCAGCCCCCCUUUGACGGGGAGGAUGAGGAGGAGUUGUUUCAGGCCAUCAUGGAACAAACAGUCACCUACCCCAAGUCGCUCUCCCGGGAAGCCGUGGCCAUCUGCAAGGGGUUCCUGACCAAGCACCCGGGGAAGCGCCUGGGCUCGGGACCUGACGGGGAGCCCACCAUCCGGGCGCAUGGGUUCUUCCGCUGGAUCGACUGGGAACGGCUCGAGCGACUGGAGAUCGCGCCUCCGUUCAGACCCCGGCCGUGCGGUCGCAGUGGGGAGAAUUUUGACAAGUUCUUCACGCGGGCGGCGCCUGCACUGACCCCCCCAGACCGCCUGGUCCUGGCCAGCAUCGACCAGGCCGACUUCCAGGGCUUCACCUACGUGAACCCCAACUUCGUGCACCCCGACGCCCGCAGCCCCACCAGCCCGGUGCCCGUGCAAGUCCUGUAA